AUGCUUCUCCAGCAGGCUUUGCCAAGCCAGAUAGCGGAUAGGAGGUUUGUUCAGAGCUUGAGCUGUGAUUCUUCGCAAUAUCAAACCGACGACCAUGGUUCUUUCACCGACAGUCCAAGAGUGUCCUCGAAUCAUGAGGCCUUUUUCCCUUUCGACCUGAACAGACCUCAAGAUGUGUGGAUGUCUUCCAGCGACCCUUUGACGGCAGACACACCUCCACCGGAGGCCUACUUCAGCAGCCCUCGAUCAACAUCAUCCACGCCAGUCAAUGAGGAUGAACCAGCACUAGUCGCCGUCAUUGGUGUUGGAUAUGUUGGUAUUCAACUCGUGACCGCCUUUGCGGAGCACUACAGAGUCAUCGCAUUCGACAUCUCUGAAAAAAGGAUAAACACUGUCGCUCAAACGCUGAAGGCUUUCCCAUCCAUUACUUGUACCACCAACCCUACCCAGCUGGCUGAUGCAACCCAUUUCUUGCUUGCCGUCCCAACAAUCCUCCACCCAGACAAAAGAAUCGACACAUCCCAUCUGCGAGCUGCAGUCUACACCGUGGGACUCUAUGCUCGACCCAAGGCUACCAUUGUCAUUGAAUCCUCGGUUGCGGUGGGUAUGACACGCCGACUCCUGACGGAUUUGAUGGUCGUCCAGGGUCUGCGUGGUGGUAUGUCGCCGGAACGCGUUGAUCCGGGUCGUGCUAUUCCCGGAUUCACAGACAUCCCCAAGGUUAUCUCAGGCCUCGACGACAUAAGCUACGGCUCCCUCGACAGCAUUACGCGUCUCUACUCCAAAGUGUUCGCCUCUGUCAUCCCCGUAUCGAGCCCUGAAGUUGCAGAGAUGACCAAACUGUAUGAGAAUUGCCAGCGUAUGGUCUGCAUUGCUUAUGCGAAUGAAAUGGCCGAUGCCUGCAUUGCCCAUGGUAUCGACCCCUACGAAGUCUGCAAAGCGGCGGCUAGCAAGCCUUUUGGGUACAUGCCGUACACACCGGGACUGGGCGUCGGAGGCCACUGCAUCCCCGUCAACCCAUAUUACCUGUUGAGUAACAGCACUUUUCCGGUUUUACGGCUCGCGACAGAGCGUAUGUGGUCUCGUCCUUCGCGCCUGUGCGAUGAGUUGAUGGAAGCUUUCCUCAAGUCCAAGACUGGGGGAGAAUUCUCGAAACAUGCCCCACGCGUCCUCGUCGUAGGAGUAGGAUUCAAGCGUGGGCAAUCUGGACUUUCGCACUCUCCAGCUGUUUCACUCAUACAGCGUCUCCUGGACCAAUGGGAAGCGCAUGUCACUUUCGUCGACCCCUUGGUCAAGGAGCAAGAUCUCCCUUACGUGCCACGGCUUGAUGAGCAUACAGAGUGGAACAAGGAAAGCUUGGAAAUGUUUGAUAUAAUCGUGGUCGCAUUGAAGCAGGUGUCUUUGGAUCUUGGAGUGUUGGAAGUGCUACAGGGAGGAGUGCAGGUGGUGACUUACUGUCCAUAA